AUGGGGAGGGACGAGCUGCUACGGCGGAGCCUCGUGGCGCUGGCGGCGGCCGUGGUGCUCACGGGGCUGGCCACGGCGUCGCUGCGCAAGGCGGCGGCCACGUAUGGCUUCGGCAUCCUCGCCAUCGCCGGCGUGCUUCUCCCGGACUGGGAGUUCUUCGACCGCGACUACUCCCAGUGGCUCACCCCCAUGCCCGCCUCCCGACGCACGGCCGCGGCUGCGGCCGCCGACCGGGAGCACGACGUCUGGAAGUAA